CGGAAAAGUUUAAAUUUUGAUUAUAAUCUUCUUAAAUAUAUUUACAUAGAAAGAAUAAAGUGCCAUUUUAUUCAUUUUUCGAAAAAAUAUUGAAACCCAAUCAUUUACGCCACCUGUCGGAGCAACGUGGAAUUUAUAAAGAAAAUAUACAACGUGAACGUAAUGGAGAAAAUGUAUUUUUCUUAAAUUCCUGAAAUUAGCAGUUUAAAAGGAAUAAAAUGGAGGAAAUUAUAAUAACAGAAUCGUUAAGAAAUAAUCUUCAAAAUUUGAUAAAUAAUGAAAGUGCAAACAAGGAGAAGACAGGAAUAAUAACUGGAAGCAUCCUGGAUGGAACAAUUAUAUGCUUAGGAUGUUCUCUGACAGAUAAACAUCUUCCUGUGGGUAUUCAAGUUGUUGGUUCAUUUUUUCAAAUGUUACCUGAAGAAGUCACAGAAAUACUAGUUCAGCAAACGUUAGAAAACUAUGUAACAAAUUAUGAGGAACUGUCAAAUAUUGAAUAUGGUAUCUUAUUAUUUGUUUCAAAAAUUCCAUCAAGCAAAGAUAUUAAUAUUGAAGCAAGACUCUAUUCACCUUCAGCUCUAAUAAUUGGAGAUUCUGUUCCUAUUACUAUUUCAGAUACAAUCUUACAGAAAUUCUUAUUGCUCAGAGCAAGAGGUGAAAUUGAAUUAUCAUUUGAAAUUGCUGAUAAUGAAAAAGAAUUUCAAGGAUUGUCUUUAACAUCAGCUAUUGAAAAAUUGCAAAGUGUAUUUUCUGAUUUUUCAACUUUUCACUUAAGAGAUUCAUUAUUGCUGUUGCUAAAAAAUGACCAAAUGAUCGAUGGUUUAACAUGUUGCAAUUUGAAGGACUGUAUAGAAGCAAGUGAUAAUUAUCAAAGACAGAAACAGAGCAAGAAGCAAAUAUUUGACUUGUCAAAACAAGAAGUUCUAAAUUUUGAUAUUUUACUUCAAACAACAGGAGAUCAACAAAACUUCACUCCUGUCAUCCAUUAUCAAAGAAAGGUUUUUCAAAGUGUUACUAUACCUUUAUUUCUUGAUGUAAUGGCUGUUGUACAAGAAACACUUCCUAUUUCCAAACUGGUUAAUAUGCUAAUGGAUGGUAUUGUUCAUCAGUUAGAUGAAAUUAAGCUAUGUCUUUUAAAAUUUAAGCAGGGAACAGAAUAUUUUACACCAGUUUCUUAUUAUUUUUGGCCAAUAACAAGUAAUUAUCCAAUAUCAAUUACUUAUCCACAUAGUUUAAAUGAUAAGCAGCUAGAGUCUUAUCGAAAAGAACUACAUCAACAAUUACUGCUACCACUUGACAAACCAUUAUUACGUUUAAGUAAUAAAAAAAUAUUCAUAAACGACUUAAAUGAACCGUAUUUAACUAACACUCAUGUUGGUCUAGCUUCUUCAGGCAUACAAAAUGGUAAACCUUCUAUUAUUUGGGGAACAUACACCUAUCAUCAUUAUAUGCAAGACAGAAUUGACGAUAAUGGUUGGGGUUGUGCAUAUAGAUCAUUGCAAACCAUCAUAUCUUGGUUCCGACAUCAAGGUUAUACAGAUGUUGCUAUACCUACACACAAAGAAAUUCAGCAGGCUUUAGUAACUCUGGGAGAUAAACCAUCAUCAUUUGUGGGUUCAAAAAAAUGGAUUGGUUCUCAAGAAGUCAGUUAUUGCCUGAAUCAUUUUAUUGGAGUGACAUCCAAAAUAAUGUUUGUUAGUUCUGGUUCUGAGCUGGCAAAUAAGGGUAGAGAAUUAUCCAGUCAUUUCUCAACACAAGGUACUCCAAUUAUGAUAGGUGGUGGUAUGUUAGCUCAUACAAUACUUGGAGUGGAUUUUAACGAAAGUAGUGGGGAACUAAAAUUCCUGAUCCUAGAUCCACAUUACACUGGGUCCGAAGAUAUCAAUAUAAUUCAAAAUAAGGGUUGGUGUGGAUGGAAAGAUCCUUCUUUCUGGGAUGCUUCAGCAUUUUAUAAUUUAUGUAUGCCUCAACGUCCAAUAGAAAUCUAAAUUCACACUAGAGUCAAUAUAUAUUAAUGCACAAAUUUAUUUUUGUAAC